CAGUGAACACUUCCACACCACAAAAACUCACGUGGGCUUCCCCCAGGGGCGUGGAAGGAGCAAGGGCGGGUGGAUCUGCUUCCUGCUCGGGGCGGAGCGGAGCGGGAGCCCAUGGCUGGCACCGGGGAGCUGCAGCGGUGGCUCAACGAGGCCACUGACCCAAGUAUCCCUGAGGAAAACUGGGAAUGCAUCCAGCGCUUCUGUGACCAGGUGAACGCCGACACAGAGGGCCCAUUGCUUGCGCUGAGGCUGCUGGCACAUAAAAUCCAGUCCCCUCAGGAGAGGGAAGCUCUCCAUGCGCUCACGGUGCUGGAGACCUGUGUGAACAACUGUGGAGACAGAUUUCACAGCGAAAUAGCAAAAUUCAGGUUUCUGAAUGAGCUGGUUAAAGUGCUUUCCCCAAAGUACUAUGGAACUUGGUCUUCAGACAAAGUCAAGUUGAGAGUCACAGAAGUGAUAUUCAGCUGGACAGUCUGGUUUCCCCAGGAAGUCAAAAUCCGGGAUGCUUAUCAGAUGCUGAAGAAACAAGGGAUUGUUAAAGAAGAUCCCAAAUUACCAGAAGACAAAAUUUUACCCCCGCCUUCUCCAAGACCCCAGAAUUCUAUUUUUGACACAGAUGAAGAGAAAUCCAAGCUCCUGGCCAGGCUUCUGAAGAGCAGCCACCCCGAGGACCUGCAGGCAGCCAACCACCUGAUCCAGAGUGUGGUUAGAGAGGAGCAAGAAAAGUCAGCUCAGGUGUCCCGACGAUUGAACGCCAUCAGCGAGGUUUCUGAGAUUGUCAAACAUAUGGAUGAGUUACUGGAGAGCUACAGGAGACAGGAAUUAUCCCCAGCUGACCAGGACACCCUACAGGCUCUGUUCCAGCGCUGUGAGAAGCUCAGGCCGCUGCUCUUCCGCCUGGCCAGCGAGGCGGUGGCUGACGAUGAGGUUCUAGCUGAGCUCCUGCAGGCCAGUGACAAGCUGACGCGGGUGCUCGGGCAGUACAGGCAGGUUGUGUCCCACCAGGAGAACGGCGAUGGAGGUUCAUCCUCCGGCUCUGCCUGCGUGCCAGUGUGCCGGCCAGCCCCACGGCGCAUGAGGAGCUACACCCUGAUGGACUUCUCUGAGCUGGAGGCCACAGCCCAGACUCCCACAGACCCCCCUGCAGACACAGCCUCGGCCUCCCGCCAUGGCAGCACAACCUCCCUGUGCCUGCUCGAGGAGGAGUUCCAGUCCUUAGGUCUCAGCAAUUCCCCUGUUGUACAGAAACCACCAUCCAGUUUUGGCUUAGUAGAGCCUACUGUAUGCAAUGAAUAUAGUGAAGCUGUAAGCGCUGUUCAAACCCUGGGACCACAGGAGAGCUGGGAAGACAGCUGUGCAGGGAAGAGUGAAUUCCAGGGCCUGAAUGAAGAGCUCUCUCCACCAUCCAGGACCAAAACAUUCUCUUUGGAUUUAUCACCAAUGAAAUUGCCCUUUCCAGAUCUCCCAAAUAGCUCAGUGGCAGAUCCUCCACUCCCCAGUCCAGGCUACGAGCUGAAGCCUGCUGCCUCUUUGCAUCCAGCUCCCUAUGAUGCUUCUCUAGAAAACCUUUUUGUCCCUUUAAUUUCAAUUACACUGAGCAGUCUCUCUCCACUCACUGUGUAUGACAGGAAUGGUUUCAAGGCCAUGCUCCACUUUUCCAGAGAUCCAGCUCCUGGCCGGCCGGAUGUGCUGGUGAUGGUUCUGUCCAUGCUGAGCACCUCGGCUCACCCCAUUAAGGACAUAGCAUUCCAGGCUGCAGUCCCAAAGACCAUGAAAAUAAAGUUACAGCCAGCCUCUGGUUCUGAGCUGCCAGCCUUCAGUCCCCUCCUUCCUCCCAUGGUGGUGUCUCAGGUGCUGCUGCUCACCAACCCACACAAGGAUCCCAUUCAACUGAGGUACAAACUGGUGUUCACACAGGGUGUGCAACCCUUCAGUGAGGUGGGAGAGCUGACUGGCUUUCCAGAAGCAGAGCUCUGGGGCAGGAGUUGA